UUUCACUCCCUCGACGAGUCCGUCACUCUCAACAAAAAUCUUUCCUUCCUUCAAAAAGCCAAACUCUUUCCCUUCCCACCUCCCUUCCUUCCUUUAAAAAUUAACAAAAUAUCUCUCACAAAACCCUCCCCCAUUUCCCUUCUCCAUUCAUAUAUCUAACACCCUUUUUUCUCCCUCCCAUUUCCUCCCUCUUUUCCAUCUCCCCCCAAAAUGGAAGCAUCCCCUGCUCUUUCUCGCAUAGGCCUUGCCGGCUUGGCCGUCAUGGGCCAAAACCUCGCUCUAAACGUCGCCGAAAAAGGCUUCCCUAUCUCUGUCUACAAUCGUACUACCUCCAAAGUCGAUGAAACCGUUCAGCGAGCCCAAGACGAAGGCCAACUCCCACUCUUCGGUCACUACACCCCUCGUGAAUUCGUUCUCUCUAUCAAACGACCCAGAUCUGUUGUUAUCUUAGUCAAAGCUGGUUCACCCGUCGAUCAAACCAUUGCUGCUUUAUCCGAUCAUAUGGAGCCCGGUGACUGUAUCAUCGAUGGUGGUAACGAGUGGUAUGAGAACACCGAGAGAAGAAUCCAAGAAGUUUCAAAUAAGGGUCUUCUUUAUCUCGGUAUGGGUGUUUCCGGUGGCGAAGAAGGGGCUCGUAACGGUCCGUCGUUGAUGCCCGGUGGAUCUCACCAGGCUUAUUCGAACAUCCAAGACAUACUUGAAAAAGUGGCAGCGCAAGUCGAGGAUGGGCCUUGUGUUACUUACAUUGGCGAAGGAGGAUCUGGUAAUUUCGUUAAAAUGGUUCAUAAUGGAAUCGAAUACGGUGAUAUGCAGUUGAUUUCUGAAGCUUAUGACGUGCUUAAACAUGUUGGGGGACUUUCGAAUGAUGAAUUAGCUGAGAUUUUUGCUGAAUGGAAUCGGGGUGAGCUUGAAAGUUUCUUAAUUGAGAUAACAUCGGAUAUUUUUAGAGUUAAGGAUGAUUUGAGUGAUGGGUUUUUGGUGGAUAAGAUUUUAGACAAGACUGGGAUGAAAGGUACCGGGAAAUGGACGGUGCAGCAAGCUGCUGAGUUGUCUGUUGCUGCCCCUACGAUCGCAGCUUCAUUGGAUUGUAGGUAUUUGAGUGGGUUAAAGGAGGAGAGGGAAAAUGCUGCUGAGGUUUUGAAAGAAGCUGGAUUGAAAGAAGAAGUUGGGAGCCUAGCAAAAGGAAUUGAUAAGAAAAGAUUGAUUGAUGAUGUUAGGCAAGCUUUAUAUGCGUCCAAGAUAUGCAGUUAUGCUCAAGGGAUGAAUUUGUUGAGAGCGAAAAGUGUUGAAAAAGGGUGGAAUUUGAACUUUGGAGAGUUGGCUAGGAUUUGGAAAGGUGGGUGUAUUAUUAGGGCUGUGUUUUUGGAUAGGAUCAAGAAGGCUUACCAGAGGAACCCCAAUUUGGCUAGCUUGGUUGUAGACCCUGAGUUUGCUAGGGAGAUGGUUCAGAGGCAAGCUGCUUGGAGGAGAGUUGUGGGGUUGGCCAUCUCUGCUGGGAUCAGCACACCAGGAAUGUGUGCUAGUCUUGCCUAUUUCGAUACCUAUAGGCGUGCAAGGCUCCCGGCCAAUCUCGUGCAGGCACAGAGGGACUUGUUCGGGGCACACACCUAUGAGAGGAUCGAUCGUCCAGGGUCGUUUCAUACAGAGUGGAAAAAGUCUGCUCAAAAGAGUAAUGCCGGUGUUGGUGCACUCAAUUGAGGUUUCUGAGUUUGGUUUGUUGUACUCUGGCUUUACUUGUUUGUUUCAAAUGAGCAUUGGUUAUGUUAUGUUUUUAUGUUGGAAUAGGAUUCUACCUUGGCAUAGCAAGGAUUGUUCAGCCUUGAAGUUUUUCUUUUUCUUUUAAUAAAAUGCAUGCCUUUUGAGUCGUGAAAA